AUGCAUGCCUGCAUGCUCAUGACCUAUCUUGUUGACUUCCUCAACGCCUACGAUCCCCUUAAGCAGAGUACUGUCUACAUGACUCUUGAGAGGUCGAGAGAAAUCUCGUUUUCCCUAUCAGCGAGUGACUACCUCCUAGGCUGGGCUCAAACCAAAGUCAUCCCACAUCUUGACGCGAUUCCUAAGCUGAUAGCGGAUGAAGCAGUAUAUAUCAUCCAGCACAAGUCUCGCUAUUUCGAUUACUACAAGUUGCUCUCCAAGCAAAAUGCUAGUCUUGAAGAGCUCCGACUUCGAAUAGAGAAGGAUGAAAAACUCGAGCUCAAGACCUUGGCUGAGGAACAGCGCAAGCUUAAAGCCCAGAUUGACGCGCAGGCCGGGCCUCGUUCUCACAGCAAGCAUAAGAACAAGAAGGGAAGUUUCACUGCAUCCAGCAUGUUUCGCGGCUUUUAG